AUGAAAGUGUUCCUAGUAUUUUGUCUUUUUGCAGGGGCAACGUCUUUUUAUCCAUCUCUUACUCACAUUCAGUCCAAUCGGAUCUCUGUACAUUUAUUUUCGGCGGAAACAAGCGAUGUGGCGAUUGACCAAAAAGAAGCCGUCAAAGUGUUUGGUCGUCUCGCCGAAAAGUAUAUCAUGCUAGAUGACAGCGCAGGCAUGUGCUGCUACUCAGCCUGCGCUGAUUGCGAAUAUCGACUUCCGGGGGGUGGAUACCGCAUGGCGGAUCAGUCUGCGGCUCGCCCGAAAUGGAUUCCUUCCUACACCGAACGGGCGGCCAACGACAGGCAGCACACAACUAAAUGGUCGGAACAGCUUUUCGUGGAUGGUCCUGCCUUGACGAAAGAAGAGUUUGUGACCAAACUGAAGGCGUUGGAGUAUGCACCUCCUCUGGGAGGUCCCUAUGUUGGUGCUUCUGCUGCAGCGCUGGACGACACUUCUACUGUAGCACAUCUGUUUGAUAUACUGGUGGCCGAAGGGAAGGACAAAUUGACCAAGCAUCGAAUGAGCGUGCGACUAAAAGAACUCGCCGAUGGUGAAGAAGGGCUUACAUGGGCAGGUUUCCACAAAGCCUUGGGAACCUAGUUUCAACGUUCUAUUGUCAAUUUGUCAUUUUAAAACUCAGCU